AUGGAUAAGAUUGAGCGUUUAAUUACAUGGGCUAAAGAUCAUGGAGCUAUUCUAACCUCAAACGUCGAGUUUAAAGAGAUUUCGCCUAAUAACUAUGGCUCUGUCUCGACGUCUUAUGACCCCGUUGUAAUUGAAAUCCCCAGAUCUCUUGUUAUUACUAGCGACCAAGCUGUAUCGUUAUUUGGUAAAGAGUCGUUUGAUAAAUCAACAAACCGUCUUGCGUUGUUGAAGUUAUAUUUGUCGCACUCGAGAAUUGAUGAGUCGUCAUUUUAUAAACCAUAUAUUGAUGCACUACCAAGUUUAGAGGCCAUUGAUUCGCCAUACACUUGGCCGCCCGAGGAUAGGGCGUAUAUUCAAGGUACGAAUUUAGGCAAUUCACUAAACGAAAACCUCGCGCUGAUCAUUGAGGAAUGGUGGUAUGCUCUCAACUUGAUUCCUGAAGGUAUCACGAAACCAACAGAGCAUUUCAUUAAUAUGAAAUUUUACUACGAAUACAAAUUCUACAAUGAUACGGAUCUUUACAAAUACCUAAAUGAAACCGCAACUUCAAAUUGGACAGCGUUCCCAAAUUAUCUUUGGUCAUCUUUGAUUUUCAAAAGUAGGGCAUUUCCAGCAUAUAUUAUAGAUAAGAAUUUUCCAAAAAAUGAAGUGAUGUUGUUACCGGUUGUUGAUUUGCUUAAUCAUAGUCCAAGCGCUAAAGUAACUUGGAGUAGCGGUGGAAAUGAAGAAUUUAGAUUCGAGACGGAUGAACCAGUAGCAAAAGGCUGUGAGAUCUUUAAUAAUUAUGGAUUGAAAGGCAACGAAGAGUUAUUGUUGGCAUAUGGGUUUGCUUUGGAGGAAAAUAAUAGCGAUUCGGUGGCCUUGAAGAUUAAAGUUCCUAAAUCCAUGAUUGAGAAGAUUGAAGCUAAAGGGAUUAAGCUACCCACAAUUGAUGAUUAUACAAACUCUGUGUUGGACAAAGAAGGCAAGACCGAAUCGAGCCAUGAACAUGGAAUAUUAUUUUUUAUUACCUUGACCAAUUUUCCUGAAAACCUUAAACAAGUUUUCGAAAUGUUGGUGCAGAAUUCAUGGGAGAAGGGUUUAACCUUGAGAAUGAAACUAGCUGGGUUGAAUCAUUUAAGAGCAGCUCUUGAAGUCAAAAGAAAGAUGUUGCAGUUGAAUGUGCCUGCAGAUUCAACUAGAAGAAAGUACAUCAAAUCUUAUAUCACGUCUCAGGACAAAAUCUUGUCUUCAGCAAUAACUUGUAUUAAGAGACAAGAAAAGGAACUUUUGAGUCAAUUUAAGACUCAUUUAAUCACCCUCAAAAAUGUGUAUAAAAAGGACAAGAGAUUUCAGCAAUCCUUAUUGUUCCUUGGAUUUAAUGAUUUCGAAACGAUAUUGGAAUCAGAAUUCCAGGACCAAUGCUGGUUGUUAUGGUUGAUUCGUUGCUAUAACAAAAGCUCAUAUACAAAAGAGCCAGAAGAGGAUAAUUAUUUGCCUGAUUGGAUACAGAAUCUAUUCAGACAACUAAGAAGAGAUACGGAAAUAACUACACAAGACGUUUUAAAUUUCAAGCCGAUUCACGAUAACUUAGUGCCACAACUAAUAUCAUCGGUACCUGAAAUAUAUGGAGUUGGGGAUUGGUCAAUAGGGGAAUUUGUCAUUGCUGCUAAAUUGCUUGAUCGAAUCUCAUUUGUAAGAGGUAAAGACCAGGAAUGUAUUAUUGUAGAACAGGAGUAUCAAACUUAA